AGAGGAAGUAUCCAGCACGUUCUGCGUGCUCCGCUGCGGGGGGGGGCGGAUCCUCUCGCGCCUGGACCUCCGGGGCUCGGGCCCCCUGGGGAGGCGCGGCGUGCUCGUGCGCGGGGGGGCGCCCGAGCACGCGCCCCCCGGCGCGGCGCGCGGGCCGCCCCCGGCUGCGCUCUCGUGUACGGGGGGGGGCCUCUCCCCAGGCACGCCGGGUGUCUGGACCCCGUGUGGGCGCGGAGCCCGCGGCAUGAGGGCCGGCAGCCGCGGGAUCGCCGCGGGGGCGGCCUCGCAGAGGUGACGUCAUGGCCCAGGCGCGAGUGGGGGGAGGCUUGCCGCGCGCCUCCUCUGCCCCGGGGGGCUGGGCAGGCGGCGUGUGCCAGCGCUGCGCAGCCACGUGGGCUUCCCAGGCAUCCGGCGUUGCGAGACGAACCGGGCCGGAAGGCUUGCGUCGUUUUUCGGCCUCUCGGGGCCCUUGCUGGGCGUCGGAGCCGUCAGGGAACGGCUCGGGGCCGGAAGCCGGUCCCGGGGAUGUGGUCGAGAGGUCGGGGGCCGUGCCUCGAACGAAUCGAGACGCUGGAAGUCUGGCUGGGCACGGCUGCCUCCACAUCUCUGCGCGAACACCGCGGCGUCCUCGCGGAACUCCAGGGGCAGCCUCCGCGUUUCCGAGGGGCGCCCCAUGGAGGCUCAGGAGCAACCGACGUCCUUGGAGCUGCAGCGGUGCCCGCGGCCGGCGGGUGCCGCCUGCAUGGCGCGGGAUCCCGACGACCUCCGCCGCCUGGUGCGGUGCGGGCUUCCGCCCGCGCGCCGCUGGCAGGUCUGGAAGGAGGCAGUUCGUCUCGGAGGAGGACCUGGUGACCGCGAGUUGUCUACGAGGUACGACGAUCUGAGGGGCAAGAGCAGCGAUUUCGCCGAGCUCAUCGAGGUGGAUCCCCGCCUGACCUUCCCGAAGGACGAGGACUUUACCGAGGAGCGGCGCCGGCUGGCGUCGAGCGUGCUCAAUGCGUACGCCAUCUGGGAUUCUGUGGUGGGCUACUGCCAGGGCAUGAACUACCUGGUCGGCUUGCUGGCUCUGCUGACAGAUGUGGAGUCUGAUGUGUUCUCAUUCUUUGUCCGGCUGAUGCAGCAUUUCAUGCUCUCUGGUUUCUUCUCUGAUGGAUUUCCCCUUCUUCGCCGCGGGGCGCGGCGUGCAUCGCCGCCUGCCACCACAUGCUCGAGCGCUCCGAGCCCACCCUGCACGCGGCGGCCCGGCGGGCCUCCUGCGCUCCGGGGUCCACGUCCCCGCCUUCCUGCUGAGGUGGCUCCAGGCCCUCUUCGUGACCUCGCUGCCGGUGCCCGCGGCCAUGCAGCUCUGGGACGUCGUCAGAUCUGCGAGGGCUUGUCCGUUCUCGUUCCCGCCACGGUGUCGAUCCUGCGCGUCGUUGGGGAUUCGCUGCUCGAGAAGCCCAGCCCAGACCUGCAGCAGUUUUUCCGGAAGACCAGCACGAUCAUCACCAGAGAGGAGGUUGCCGAGGCGAUGCAGGGUAUCGGCCUCAUCGAGAUUCCAGAUUACGUGACCGCCUACCUGGAGGACGCGGGGGCGUUCUCGGGCGUGUGGGAGCGGCUCAAGAGGCGCCUCCUGCCGUGGACGCACCGUCAGCGCGGCAUCGCCGCCCUCCUGGACUGCGAGAUGGCGCUCGACGGCUCGCCGCCGCUGUGAGCCCAUCUCCGCUUCGGUUUUCUCAUAGAGAUCUUGCCAGACAGUAGACACACACUCCAGCACGCCCUCAACGUGCCGCAGGCACCGUGGCGGGGUUCCAAUUAUGCUGAAUAACCGCCGAGAGUGCGCGAGAACCUCGAGCCUCGAGCCUAUCCCUCCCUAGCGUUGGGCCGCUCUCACUGCCGGCGCCCCUGAGGACAGCCAGUGCGAGAGCCUGCCGUCGCUUGCGCGAGGAACAAA